GCCGAGCACAGGGUUUAUGGGUUUUUCUCCGCCACCGUGUCCCACGCAAGGACUAACAAUCAUCCGUUUAAGGUUUAACAACAAAGAGUAGAGGAUGCCUCGCACGACCACCGUCGAGUGCCCAGUUUACCCUCCGUUUCGAGCCCUGACUUUCGAUGCCCUUGGUCUCAUCAAAGUAAUCGAAGCUCGAGGAGGAGUUCCCAAAGUGGUAGAUAGAUGGGGUGAACCUGACGCAUCCAAAUGUGUUCUUGCCGCUUCCAUUGAUGACCGCAAAACCGAUCCAUUAUUAGCUGUUGCAAGAAAAAAUGGUGUGAUCGAAGUACUUAAUCCCCUUAAUGGUGAACUUUUGGUUACGGUUUCCGAUUUUGGUAAUUCUAGUGCUAGACCUGAAGAUGAUGCUAUUGUUGGUCUGCAUUUAUUCAGAAGACAGAGACUGGAGUUAACAUCCAGAUUAUGCACUUUACUCACAUGUACAACAAAAGGAAAUGCAAGUGUAAAAACUGUUGAUAUAUCUGAUUCUCCAGAAGAUUCUGGUGCCUCAAAAACGUGGAAUGUAUGUGCCUCUGGUAAUAUCGCAUGUUCUCAAGUGGAUGGAAGUGAAAACUAUGCCUUAUUUGGGGGGAAGGGUGUUGAAGUUAAUAUGUGGGAUCUUGACAAAUGUACUAACAUUUGGAGUGCAAAACCUCCUCCUCCGAACAGCCUUGGUAUUUUUACCCCUACUUGGUUUACAUCUGCAACAUUCCUCAGCAAAGAUGAUCACCGUAAAGUUGUGGCUGGUACCAAUAGCCAUGAGGUUCGCCUCUAUGAUGUUUCUGCUCAACGAAGACCAGUUAUAUCAUUUGACUUCAGGGAAACCCCUAUAAAAGCAGUUACCGAAGACCUAGACGGUCAUACAAUCUAUAUAGGGAAUGGAUCUGGUGACCUUGCUUCUGUGGAUAUUCACACAGGUAUUAAAUUGAUUCUAUAUGCUUGUUCUGCAAUACUUCUGCAUUUUGCAUUUCUGAUUCUUGGUAGGUCAUCAUUCUUCUGGAAGAGUUUAAGUUGACUUUUUCUUUAUACUGGAGUUUUUUUUUUCCUGGUAAAUUUAUUGAAAUUUUUGGAGAUCUAGGUCGGAAUUUACACUUCUAUGAUGGUUGCGUGUUACAUAUUUUAUGCUGAAUUGUCCCUUUUGACCUAAAUCUAAGCAGUUUGAGGAUUGCCUCAAUUCAAUAUUGUCUCCAUUAGAAGUAGGCUUAAAGUGUUAUUUGAGUUAUAAAUCUGUAACAUAUUAUAUUCACGUACAUCUUACCCUAAUCACUUGGUGAGAACGGUGGCUUAUUCUUUAUUUGUUAGUUGAAAUUGCACUGUUUAACUAUCUCUAGUCUACUUGUGGUUUCAAUCAAUUUUAUUAGAUGCUUCAUUGCCAAAAUUCAAGACGGGUUAUGUACCUAAAGGAAAGGUAGAUUGGACUUUCCAGUUUCCUGUAGAGGAUCCGAAACAAGUAGAAACUGAUGUCCUAUUGUUGCAUCUGUUCUUAAUUGACUUUUCCUUGAAUGAUUCGAGUUUUGUUUUUCCCUCUAAUUCUGUUAAUAGUGGAAGUAUUUCCUUAUAGGUAAAUUGUUAGGAUGCUUUUUGGGGAAGUGUUCUGGAAGCAUUUGAUCCAUUGCCCGGCACCCUGAACUACCUGUGAUAGCAUCAUGUGGUUUGGACAGCUAUUUGCGCAUUUGGGAUAUAGGAACAAGACAACUUCUUUCAUCGGUUUUCCUGAAGCAGCAUCUUACAAAAGUUGUUUUUGAUACUAAUUUUACUGAAGAAGAAGUUAAAACAGUAUGCAACCGAUCCGGCACUGCAUGAAUCACAGAGCAUAGCUGAAACCCAAACUGCAAAUGAAACAGGAAAACUGCCUACAAAAAGAAAGAAGUCAUCGAAAGAAAAUACAGGGAGCAAAAAGAAGGCAUCUAAAGAAAAGGAGGGAAGCAAGAAGCUGAAAUCCAAGAAAAGAAGCAAAGGUCUAAAACAUGACCUUGCUGAUGAUGCAUAGAUAAGUUAUUGCUUAAACACUGGAAAGCACUGGUGUCAGACCACAAUGUAGAUUGUGACCAGGAAGGCAUGGUAAUGAAGCACGCGGAAGAUUGUUGAAAUUUAUGCAUAGGAAUGCGUUGCCGUAUGGCAGGUUCAACGGAAAACGUGUAGGAAUGUAUUGCUGCAAGGCUGAAUAUGGGCUAAUCCAAGAAAAAUGCAACCUAGGAAGUGAUACAACCUUAUUAAUGGACUCCCUUGCUUUAUCAGAAUG